UGUAUAGACUAUAGAGCCCAGCCUGAUUCCUGAUUUUAUAAAUGGCUAGGUAACAAUAGAAGCAAGAGAAAAAAAAGAGAGAGGGAGAGAGCAUGGUUGCUAUCAUUUCUCUUAUCGGAACCUUGUUGAAAGUCUUGGGAUUGAAGGCAGGGAUCUUAAUCAUAGCUUUGGGGCAGCAUUAAUCAUCUUCCUGUAAUUGCAGUGAGUGCAUUAAAGCAUUUUAACAUAGAUAGAUGAUAGAGAGAGAGAGAGAGAGAGAGAGAGAGAAGAGAGUUUUUUUUUUUUUUAAGCAAAAUCUUAUAUUGAGGGAUAGCUGCAAAAAAGUUUGCCUGAAAAGAAAAAUAAAUAAUUAAAGUCAGAGAGAGGGGUAUGGAGAAGGAUUAUUCAAGCUCUUUUUCUUUCUUCUCAAGACUACUUUAUGAUGGAAACUUGAAAGAGUAAAGAGGAAAAACUGAGAAAAGUUGCUUAGUUAAAAGCAACAAGGUAUGUGGGUGUCACCUGAACUGUUUUCUUUGAUUAGAGUGAGAAAUUCCUGGAGCAAGCUGGUUUGUAAAUUUUAAUUACUCAAUCUUGGGAUUUUCAAGCCCUUUUGCUUGAAAAAAAAACAGAAAGUAACAUUAUGGAGUCUGAAAAUGUUCAUCACCAACGCCAGCUCCAAGACCAGCUUGCUGGGUCUUCUUCUUUACCUAUUCCACCCUGUUAUGGAGUUGCAAGCACCCAUUCUUGGACCCCAACCCCAAGUAAUAUCACUUUGAACACCAGUGAGUUCAAUCCAAAUUAUAAUGGGGUUAUCUUACACUCAAGGCAGAAAAAUGACAUUUUAGCAUCUCCUCAUAAUAGUUCCGUGCUCCAAGACUGGACUAACAAUGAAGGCAGCUUCACCACCCUUUGUUUCCAUGACCUACAACUUGACAAAACUAAGGAAGAGCUCUCAGAAUCUCUCACAAGAUUCACUGAAAUGCUAAGCAACACUCCAAGCGUGGAAGACUCUCUUCAUCUGCCUCCUACAAACUACUUAAGGAAUGAGCAAAAAGAUUUGCAUGAUCUCAGCGAGAAGCUGUUGCUUAAAACAAUAUCUUCUGGUUUUCCAAUGUUUUCAGCAGGAUCAGAAUUUUACUCAACCAUCCGGAAUUGUUUUAUCCCUGGUAGUACUUCUUUACCAAGUAGAGGGAAUUUCAGCCAGAUAUAUCCUAGUAUAAAUAUUUCAAAUUUGAACCAAGCAUCUUCCCCCAAUAUCCCAAACUCCUUUGACAUGAAUUUGGAGGCCUUGGAUCUCUUAAGUCCUGCAAGAUUUAGCAGCAGAAGCGAUUUUAGCCAUCCUUCACAUGAUCAUAACAGUCUUGGUGUAUACAAAGAGAGCUCUUCUUUUGGUCGUCAUCAUCACCAUUUUCAGCAGCCAAAUCAGAGGCCAGCUUGUAGCCCUAGUAAAAAAUCACCCUUCCCCACAGAAAUAACAGAGGCAAAGAGACCGAGCAAUUUACCAGAAGCAAAGCCAACAGCAGGUGCAGCAGCCAAGAAAUCUCGUUUGCAACCACUCUCUUCCUGCCCUCCCUUUAAGGUCAGGAAAGAGAAAUUGGGAGAUAGAAUUGCAGCUCUCCAAGAAUUGGUUGCUCCUUUUGGCAAGACAGACACAGCGUCCGUACUAAUGGAGGCUAUUGGAUACAUCAAAUUCCUUCAAAAUCAAGUCGAGACAUUAAGCGUUCCAUAUAUGAAGUCAUCUCGGAAUAAAACAUCCAGACUGAAACAAGGGGGUUCAAGGAUGGAGGAUGGAAAUGAAGAAGAACAAAGGCGAGAUCUCAGAAGCCGAGGUCUAUGUCUAGUGCCAUUGUCGUGCAUGUCUUACGUGACUAACGACAGCGGUGGCGGCAUUUGGCCACCGCCCAAUCUAGGCAGAGGACCUUAACAACAACUGCAUACUAGCUAGUUACCAAUGAGGGGAUAAUAAAAUACGGAUUAUUUUCUAAGCCCAUAUGUUGGCUAGGAGAUAAUAAAUUCUAGCUUGGUUUCAAUGGAACAAAUUUGAUCAUCUUGUUAAAUUUACAAGAUUCCAGGAUGGACCAAAUUUGAUCCAUUAACAACAUUAAUUCUUAAAAUUUUUAACU